AUGUGCUUUACGGUCGCCAAAGCUCCCGGAGACGCUCGAAUCGGGCAAAGUCGAAUCGGGCAAAAUCGAAUCGGGCAAAAAGUCGCCGCUCAUCCAGAGCAACAGCACGGUCACGUCGCAAAGCAGCUCGCAAACGCACCCCGAAAGCAAGAACUCCUAAGGAGCAGGUAA